AUGAACGCCCUGGCUGCAAUUAGUUAUUAUGUUCCUAAAUGGAAUUUCAUAGCGUAUUGUAACGACAACCAUGCCAUUCAUCUCAAUGGACUGAUCUACGACAUAGAGUUGAAACGUGGCACCCCGACAUUCUACUAUUCUACGGCGGAGCGCAACCUUAACUGCCGAAUCAACGCUCUAGUGACUCCUCGCGAUGUAUCGCAUAAGGUUAUUUUAGAUAAUCACGAAGUUUCAUUUCUAGACAAAGAAAAAACUGCAAGGAGGCUACUCCAAUCGUUAUUCAGCCUAGAACAGUAUCGUCUCCGUCUCAAAAAGGACCCCAUAUAUCUGUUCCCAGAAGCAUCAAAUCACUUCAGCCAUUCCUCAUCUCUAUAUCCUAUCGUAUAUAUAACGAUUGGGAAGCUACUUAGGACCUUGCAAUAUCGGCUUACCAUGAUUGAUGACAUAUCUGAAGCACUGGAUGCUUUGUCGCAACUUAAAUCGGCCUACAAAGACCGCCUUGCUAAUGGAUGGACGCCAGUACAACCGUCUUCAUUGAUUGAUAUUGAUAAUGGGACUGCCAAUGUCGCUACACCGGCUUAUUCAGGCAUGUUUACAUAUACCAAUGCCCCUGAUGUCGGUACCGUAUCAAGUGCUGCUGCUGGUAACGGUUGUAUUAUAAAUCGCAACCAGUCUGAACGUAGUUUUGAUCGGUUGUCAAGUGAUGAGCCCUUUGGAAAAGGAUAA